AUGGUAGCCCUAUCCGGGACCAGCAACGCCUCGACCACGCUGGAAGACCAACAUCAGCCCUCGGGCCGCUCUUUCUUCAGCAGGUUCGCCCUGCCCAUCCGCUCCAGGAGCACCCGCAACGUCGUCGACUUCCACAUCCGCCCUGCCGAGCCCCAUCGCAAGUACGGCGCUGGCGACAAUGUGAGGGGCGCCGUGGUCCUGGCCCUCGUAAAGCCCAUCCGAGUUACCCACCUGACCGUCGCCUUGCGUGGCUACGUACGAGUCUACAAGAACCCAAACGCCGCCAACGAGCCCAUCAACCCCUCCGAGUCCGAGUCGGACGGCAUCUCUCAGUUCAGAUUUCUCGGCAACGGCUACGCCUCGUUGUUUCAGGAUGAGCAGGUCCUAUGCGCCGAUGGGAGGCUGGAGUCGGGCAGAUACGAGUUUAAUUUCGACCUCCUGUUCCCCGAGAAGGACCUGCCCAGCAGCAUCGAUUUCGAACGAGGGAGCAUCGGCUACACAAUUGUGGCGACGCUGACUAGGCCGACUUCCAUAAACGCGACAACUACCUGCGACCGCAAGAUCGAGCUGGUGGAGCAGGUUGAUGUUGGUACUCUUCCGGCGCCACGCCCCCGAACCAUCUACCUGCAGCCCAUAUCCAAGAGGUCAAAAAAGAAGAAACCAACGGGCUCGACCGUCUCUGAGAGGGGAACAACAAUCGCAGCGGACGGUGCAGGCGAGUCCUCGUCCGAUUUCGACUCGACAAGAGCGGUGGAAACAUCGACGGAAGGAUCCCUCAUCGCGGACGAUGCAAACCAGGAUGCUCACCAGAACCCGAGGAGUCCUGUCAAUAGUGACCUGAGGAGCGAGGUGAGCGGGGACAGUGCUUUGAGCGGAAGCACCGGCCUGAGCUCGAGAGAACGCGCCGACCCAAAUCAGUCAGGGAGCCUGGGGACUGUCCAGGCGGGUGCGCCCAGGAAAUCGAUCUCCUCCAAGGACAGGACGAUCACAACAAAGAUCGAGCUUAUGAAGAGCGGUUGCUUACCUGGCGACACGAUAUCCGUCAAGGUAGAUGUGCAGCAUACGAAACGAAUAAAGAGCCUGUACGGGGUCAUUGUCACCUUGUACAGGCAAGGCCGCGUGGACUCGGCGCCACCGGUUGCCCUGUUUAAGAACAUAUCCAAGGAGGAACAGAGGAGACUGGAGAAGGAGGAGUAUUAUCCCAAGUCAAAGACCGGCCUGGGCGGGUUGUCGUUGUCGUCGGCUGGCACGUGCAGUGUGUUCCGAAAAGACCUCUCGCAGGCAUUCAGCCCCCUGAUCAUCGACCCUGCUACGUUGACUGCCAGCGUGAUGACCUCGGUCAGGGUACCGGAGAACUCGUUCCCCUCAAUAAGAGGAGUCCCUGGGGAGAUGAUCAGCUUCAAAUACCGGUUGGAGGUCAUCGUGGACCUGGGCGGCAAGCUUGCAAACGCGAUACAAAUACAGCAAAACCCAAGAGUCGGCCCUGCAACCGGUGUGAUGACAUCAGGCCGGGAGGGAGUGGCCAGUCUGGCGUCGUUUGACGGCAGCUUGGUCAACACGGACCCCCUGAAGCGGGAGAAAGGGGUCAUAUAUGAUUCAUUCGAGCUCGUUGUGGGGACUACAGAUACCAGCCGGCGCGGCAAGGCGGUCUCAUCACCUCCGAACGCAGGGCAGGACGGCGCGGUGUACCACGAGAACGGGUCGUGGCCUGCGGGAUGGGAAGAGGAAGGCUAUGGCGCGGAGGAAGCAUACGCGCAGGAAUACGUUCCGUAUCCCGGCGAGCCCGCAGCUCAAUACCCGUACUGGAACGGGGCUUCCCAGGAGCCGGCCGAACCAGCCCCACACUACAUACCACCGCCGCCAGACGUCGCAGAUGAGAGCGGCCUCUCAGAAAAGGAAAGGGUCAGGCGGGCAGAGCAGAGGCUAUUGCCCAGCCAACCCGAAGCGCCAGAGCCCACAGCAGGACCUGCAGCACCAGCAGCAUAUGGCGGGUCCGACGAAGCUGGCCCAUCUGCUCCCAGCGGGCCUUCUGCUCCGCUGCUGGCUGCGCCCUCCGAGACAGCCCCGUCAGCGCCGACGCUUGACGAACUGGCGGUGGGUUCGACCGUGCCGAACGGCAGCUCGACGGACGACAAGCAGGAGCUCGAGCGGCAGAGGUUACUGGCAGAAGCCAGCGCCCCACCAGAUUUCCCCAGGGAGGACGACGCCGGGGUCGGGAGCAGUUCCGCGCCCAGUGCGCCGCCGAUGGCCGAUGGGCCUUCGGCACCGAUCCUCACAGAGGAAGACGAGUACGGAACGUACUUCGCACACCAGGCCACCACGGCCUCGUUGGAGCCGCUGCCGGCAUAUCAGCGAUGA